AUGAUGCGUUUCGCGCCUCUGCGUAUUCUACUUAUUCUACUGACACGGGCGGCAGGUGCACCGCUAGAGGCACCAGCAAUACGGCGUCCACUUACUUUUGACAAGAACGACAACUUCCAAAUCAGUGUUUUUGAGGACCUUCACUUUGGGGAAAAUGCGUGGGAUUCCUGGGGCCCUGAGCAGGACAUUAACUCUGUCAAAGUCCUCAACAAUGUCCUUGACAGGGAGACACCCCAACUUGUCGUCCUCAACGGAGAUCUCAUCACCGGCGAAAACGCCUUUGUCCACAACGGCUCUGUGUAUAUCGACCAGAUUGUAAAGCCCAUCGUGGACCGCGACUUGCUGUGGGCGUCAACCUACGGCAAUCACGACAGCGACUUCAACCUCUCGUCGGCUUCCACCUGGGAGCGCGAAAACACGCACCCCAACUGCCGCACCGGCCGCAUGGUUCCAGGACGCAAUGCUGGCGUGAGCAACUACUACCUCCCAGUCUACCCACGCAAAUGCUGCAAGCCCGCUUGCGCGCCGGAAUUGCUUCUAUGGUUCUUUGACAGCCGUGGCGGCUUUUAUUUUCAGGAAACGCACCUCGACGGCCGCCGUGUUGGCCAACCUGGCUGGGUGGACCAGAGUGUCGUCGACUGGUUCCAGCAGACAAACGCCGACCUGAAGGCCCGGCAUGGCCAUGCUAUUCCGUCUCUGGGCUUUGUACAUAUCCCCCCGUAUGUAUUCCAGGCCAUACAAAAGGAGCGCGGCCGAAACAGCAUAGAUCCAAACACCAAUCCUGGCAUCAACGACGACUACCUCCUGGCGCCACAAGCACAGGGAUGGUGCCCCGAUGGCACCAAUGAUGGAUCCUGCGAGUAUGGCGGCCAGGAUAUUCCAUUUAUGCGCGCUAUCGCAUCCACCCCCGGAAUGAUUGGCCUUUUCUCCGGCCAUGACCACGGUGAUACAUGGUGCUACAAAUGGGAUCGCCUGGUGCCCAACACGACAGUGGCUGGAAACGGCGUCAACCUGUGCUUCGGCCAGCACUCGGGCUACGGCGGGUAUGGCAACUGGGUCCGUGGUGCACGACAGAUCCGCGUCAACCGCACCCAGCUGAAGAAGCAGAACAACUUGACCGCGGAGACUUGGAUUCGCCUGGAGAAUGGCGCAACGGUGGGCUCUGUUAUGCUGAAUUUCACCUUCAACCAGGAUAUAUACCCACCCACCAAGGACGACAAGACGUACUGCCCAACCUGCAACUACACAGUCAUUACACCACAUCCAAAGGCCGGUUUCGCUAACAGGUUGCUACAGGAGCCGUCGCACGGCGAAUGGGUGGCUGGCGGGGAGCUGAAAUGA